AGAGAAGGGGGGUGUCGGAGCAGGUGCAAGAGCUUGAGUAGAGGACUGUGAGGGUCUUCAAGGAUUCCCCCACUGAGCCUCUCGAGUUCUGUGGUUGCUAGACACGACCAUUGAAAUCGGCCUCUUCUGGGGUAUUACAGGGAGGCAGCACCCGCACCUCCCUCGGAGGCGCGCCUCUUUUCUUAGCCCUCUCGGCACGCUCUCGGCUCUGGACCGAGAGCGAGUGCGCGCAUCCUCUACUCUCCCCACCCGAAGCUGGGGGGCGGGGCCGUGGCCAAGCUCCCUAGGCUCUGUCGCUUGAAGCCCCCUCCCCUUGCCUUUUCGCUGCUCCCCGCUACUGCUCUCCGGCCCAGCCCCACCCCAAGCGACCCUGUGUGGAGCGGCUGGUGCCCAGAGGCGGAGGUGAACGCGUGCUGUGAGCAGGUGGAUCGGGCGGAUCGUUGGCAUAGGGGACCAGACUGGGGGAGGGGUCAGCUCUUUGUCUCCCAGAGCCCGUUCGCGGGCAACAAGGCCACUCUUUUUCUCUGUGCAGGUGCCUGUGGAACCUGAGGAAGGACGCUGGCGAAGCCCCAUCGGCGUGCACACUGAGGCCCCUGAAUCUGGAAGCCGGAGGCAUUUCCCUGUUUGCCGGAUUGGUCAUUUAGGUUUUCAAGAGGCGAGGGGGUAGGGGAGUGGAUGUUGUUCUUGUAAUAGGGCAGAGGCGGGGUCGGGGGUCGGAGGGUGGGGACUGAACAGGGCGUCUUAGCCUUGGGGAUGGAGGUAGCCGUAGGACUUGAAAGCGGCCAGGUUGGUGAGCGGGUGUGGGUGCUUAGAAGAAAAACAAAUCGAGGCUCUUUAGGCUGAGGUUUAGGCACCCAUGGGUGGCGAUGCUAGAAGGAAGCACAGGGAGGCUUCAGGAUGGUUUGUAGUGAUUGGUUCAGGACCUGGGAUACCAAGCCUCCUGUCUUCCUCAUUAGGUGCGGUAUGGACAAGAGGGAUAGCGUCAAAUCAGGAACUGCCCCGCGAAUGCCGUCUUCACGACCCCCUGGCCUUCUGACCCCUAGGCCUCCUUCUGGGUCCGCUCGACCUCCUCCCCCUGUGACCACUGCUGCCCUUCGAGUCUUGGAAGCAAACGGAGCUAUGGGGCGAAGGUCCCUGGUGGAGCGAGCCCCAGGCGUCUGCAAAGCCGCUCUUCCACAGACCAGCAAAGCCGCUCUUCCACAGACCAGCAAAGCCGCUCUUCCACAGACCAGCAAAGCAGCUCUUCCACAGACCAGCAAAGCAGCUCUUCCACAGACCACUAUUCACGGGGCACCAGCGCGCAGUGCUGGGGCAGGUCCUCGUAGCCCAGCCAACAGGCCCCCAGCUUCUGGGAAAGGAGAGAGGGCCCCUAUGAAGACCCCUGGCCAGGGCUCUAUUUCUAGCCCCGGGCGUGCCAGCAGUGGGAUUGCCAGACCAGGCCCUGUUGUCCAGAAGAGACUCCAACCUCCGACUAAGGAACCCUCGGCCAGAGGUAAAACACCAGAGACGCCCAAAAGGAAUACUCUGAACUCUGGAACACGAAGAGUUUUGUCUGCAGAUUCUUUAGGGCCCACCUCAGGAGCCCCCUCCCCUGCCAUCACCCGUCGGUCCAGGGCUCCAGCUACAGAGGUGGGACUUCCUCAACCAGCUCCCAGUGCCAGACAGCGUCCUCUGACCACCGAGGCAGCCAGGAAACCUGGGAGCAGUGCUUCUGAACCCAGUGCCACGGAGCUGAGCCCAGCCUUUAGGAGACGCUCUGUUGCUGGUGGCAGCCUGCAAAAGCCGGUCUCACGUUCCCUGAUCCCCAGUGCUACUCCUCAGCUCUCCCCAUCCCGCUCCGGGGUCUCACCACGUGUAACCCCACGGGCUCCUGCGCAUACCUCGCAGCUCAAGUCGAAAGGGCAGCAAGCUCUGCACCCAACCCAGACCACAGUCCCAAGGAAGAACAAGCCCUCUGUACAGAGCCUGAUUCCUGCUUCAUCUUUAGUCACGCCCACUCCACCUGGUGCUUCCUCUGUCCAGGGCCCAGAUGAUCCCUCGCAAACCACACUUCCUCCCUCUCCUCCCACCACCCCGCCUCUACCAGCUUCUCUUCAACUACUCCAACCACAAGCCUCUUCACAGGCAGUGCCCCAUUCACAGUCUGGACAAGGCUCACCAUCACCUCCGCCUCUUUCUCUGCAGAACCUCCCCUCUACACCAGCCACACCCCCAUUGCUAGCUCCACCCACAUCUCUGGAUACUGAAGAGGCCUCUGACUCACCCCCACCGAGAGCUGUAAUCUCUUCAUCGCCCCCUCCCCUUAUACAGAAUAUGCCCCCUAACCAGGCUUCUUCAGCAACGCUCCCUCAGGAGACUCUCUCGGCCAUGCCUUUCUCACCUGCUCCUCUAUCUCUAGCCUCGUCUCCUCCACAACUCCUUCCUUCCCCGCCAAUUUCCCCGCAGAAUUUGCCCACUUCCCUUGUCACGUCUUCUCAGUUGCCUCUCUCCACUCCUUUCCGGGCCAACUUUUCUGAGUCUCCUCCCCUUCCCCGGGCCACGCUCGCUAAUCGAACCACGCCGUCUUUGCAAGAUCCUCUGUUUCUGGCCAUUUCUCCUCCAGUUUCUUCGUCUACCUCCAUCUCACCACCUCUGCCUACCUCUUCCGUGGUCACGCCUCCUCUGAGGCUCCCACUUUCUCAGACUUUGCCCACUUCACAGGCCUCUUUGUUGACCUUGCCGCCCUCACUGGCCUCCUCACCCCAGCCGGCCACGCCUCCUCCUUUGGCCUUGUCCCCUCUAUCCACCCAACUCUCUACUGGCUCGCCCUCUUUGCAGGCCUCUCCUUCUUUCUUGCCUACCCCCCCUAUGCAGCCACGCGCUCUACCCUCGCCUUCUUUGCAGGCACCUCCUGUUACAUACCCCUUGCCUCUUUCCUCACCCCCUGCCUCACCACCUCUGCCCGCUCUUCUCUCCCCUCCUGCCUCACCUCCUCUGGAGAGCCCUCUUUCUCCCUCAGCCUCACCCUCGUCUCCCUUAGCAACUCCCCCUCCAGAAGCCCCACCUUCACUGGGCUCACCCACUCUUUCACCCCUGGCCACGCCCCCUCCGCAAACCCCACCUCUGGCUUUUCCCCCUCUGCCAGCUUCCACCUCUUCCCUGGACACAGCCACAUGUUUUCCACAGGGUCCUCUCUUGGCUUUGCCUCCUCUACAAACCUCUCCUUCUCCUCUGACAAUACCCUGUCCGCAGACUCCACCUUCUCUGGCCUUGCCCUCCCUGCAGUCUCCCUCCUCCCCAUUGGCCACAGCCACACCCCCCCUACAGAUUCCCCUUGUGGUUUUACCUACUUUACAGACCCCUCCUUCUCCCCUGACCACUUUCCCUCCGGGGGUCCCGCCUGGCCUGACCUCGCCGGUUGUUCAGCCUCCUUCUCCUCCUGCCUCACCACCACUACAAGCCCCUCGUCGACCCCCAACCCCGGGUCCAGAUGUCCCUAUCACAGGUCCACGGCUGACCCUGGCGCUGGCCCCUGCCCCGCCCCCGCCCCCCUCGCGAAGCCCGUCCAGUACGCUGAGUGGCCCGGACCUGGCAGGUCACAGCAGUAGUGCCACGAGCACACCAGAGGAGCUCCGCGGCUACGAUAGUGGGCCCGAGGGCUGUCCUACAAUCUCCCCGGCCCCGGACGCGGACCUAGCUGCCUGCCACCCCGCUUCCUGGAGUCGAAGUUCUGCUCCACAGUUAGCAGUACGCAGCACUCCAGGAGUUCCCCUGCCAUGGCCUCCCACUGCUGGCCCAGGUUCCUCUGAUGGCCUGUGCACCAUCUACGAAUCUGAAGGACCAGAGUCGGUGGCCCCCACCCCGGGAUCCCUAGAUGUGGAGCCAGAACCAAUGCCUGGCUCUGGCAGUGCGAAGGUGACUGCUGCAGACUGUGCAGGAGCAUCCUCAAGAAGCCCAAAGUCCGCUCGCCUUGGCGAGCUGCCCCUGGGGGCCCUUCAGGCGAGCGUUGUGCAGCACCUGCUAAGCCGGACACUGCUGCUAGCAGCUGCAGAAGGUGCAGCUGUGGGCUGCGAAGGCAGUUCAGGAGGCUCAGGGGUGGGUGGUGUCUCGGGAGGAUCCCGGGCUCCGCUUAGCGAUGCUGAAUUGGGCCGCUGGGCCGAAUUGCUGUCUCCCUUGGACGAGUCUCGUGCCAGCAUCACUUCGGUCACCAGCUUCUCCCCAGAUGAUGUGGCCUCCCCACAGGGUGACUGGACUGUGGUGGAAGUGGAGACUUUUCAUUGAGCCAGAUCCCAUUCCUGUCCACCAUACACAUACCACUUUAGAAUCCACCCUUCUGGUUACGCCUCUUUUGUCUUAGUCUCCACUCCCACUUCCUGUGACACUUGGCUGGAUUGGUUUUUACCUCUAGAGUCCCGUGUUGGGGCCCAGGCUGUAACCUACAUGGCCUUCCAUUUGAGCUUCUCCUAUUUUGCCUAAGCCACACCCCUUCUCCAAGGAGCAAUACCACACCUUAUGUUCAGUGGACGAUAGUUUACAUGCUGAAUGGUUUACAUGCUGGCACCUAUGCGCUCUGCCACCUUGCGAGCUGGAAGAGGACCACAGAGGUAGUUCGAAGGGCCAGGCUACACCUUACUAGUGGUUAUGCCUGAGCAAAUCGGAGUUCUGGCUGAACUGUGUGACUUUUCUACAGAAAAGGGGAAUGGUAAGACAGUGGCUACAACGGACUUGUGAUUUUUCCGGUCUCACUUCUAAUGAAAACCUUAGGCUCACAAAGGCCUGGGUGGAUGAACUGGAGAGCCACCGAAGCUCUUACUCGGUCGGACAUGGAGUAGUUUGCUUUCCUGGGUACCCCUUGCUACAGCACCGUUGUCCUGUGUGCACCCCUUCUCUUCCAUGCUUGAGAGUUGGGCCUGAAAGAUGAACUCGAGUAGAAGAAUGGUGAGUCCUUGACUUCAUCUGUUACUUCUCCAUGAUAAGUAGUGUCAAGUUGACAAAAUGUAGAAAACAUCCAAAAGAGGGGCCUUUUGACAUGCCUAUGGGAACUAACUUGCUUGGGCUGAGGCGGAAACGCCCACCAUUCCCUGGCUGGAGUACUGGAUUGUGUCAGCGGAGAGGUGGGCAGCAGCAUGCCUUCAGUCCCCCCAACCCCCAUUGUGGAUGCUCAGAGACCGGCUGCUUCCAGCUCCUAUUGCAUUGACUUCCCCAGUGGUAGAUGAUACCCUGAACUGUGAGCCAGAAUAAAACCUUUCUCCUCUAAGUUGCUUUUGUCAAGGUAUUUUAUCACAGUUGAAAAUAAACUGAGGCAAUCUCCCUUUCCUUUUA